AUGCGUUCGUCUGCGUCUCCACAUCGCUCGGCACUGCCUUCGUGCCACAGCGCUGGACGCGGAGUCUGCAAAUCAUCCGGUUGUCGUCGCCCACCCAGCGACGCCGUCGCCACAGUCGCAUGUCGCUCAUUCACGUCAUAUCAAUGCGUGUCGCAAGCCACAUGGUCUAGUCUCGCUUUGUCGCGCUUAGCUUGUUCGUCAUCUCCUAUCGCCCAUUGUCCGUUACCCGUCGUAUGUCGUUCGCCGCGCAUCGCUCAUCGUUCGCCGCACACCGCGCAUCGUUCGCCGCGCAUCGCUCAUCGUUCGCCGCGCAUCGCUCAUCGUUCGCCGCACACCGCUCAUCAUUCGUUGCCAGCCGCUCACCGUUCGCCGCUCGUCGUUUGUCGCCCGCUGCCGCCCAUCGUUCGUCGCCCACCGCUCAGUGUUUGCCGCCCGUCGCUGGUCGCUCGCCGCUCACCGCCCGCCGCUCAUCGUUCGCCGCUCGUCGUUCGCUGCUCGUCGUUUGCCGCUCGUCCUUAA